AGCGCAGGAGUGCGGGGUCGGCUGCGCCGCUGGGUACCACUGGGUACCACUCGGCAUCAUGCUGUCCCCGGAGGCGGAGCGAGUGUUGCGCUACCUGGCGGAGGUGGAGGAGCUCGCCGAGGACGUGCUGGCCGACAAGCAGCAGAUCGUGGACCUGGACACCAAACGGAAUCAGAACCGGGAGGGUCUGCGGGCCCUGCAGCGGGAUCUCAGCCUCUCCGAAGAUGUGGCGGUUUGCUUCGGGAACAUGUUUAUCAAGAUGUCUCACCCGGAGACAAAGGAAAUGCUCGAGAAAGAUCAGGAACAUCUGAAUAAAGAAAUUGACAAAAUCCGGAAACGCCUGAAAGUGAAGGUCAAUCGCCUCUUUGAGGCCCAAGGCAAGCCAGAGCUGAAGGGGUUUAAUCUGACGCCCCUCAACCAAGAUGAGCUCAAAGCCAUCAAGGUCAUCUUGAAAGGAUGAAGCUCAAGACCAAGGAUGGGGAACCUCGGACCAUCAUCCCCACUGAGGUCACAGAGGACCCUGGACUCUCAAGCUUUGAACCCUGCGAGUGGACUGGUGGAAGCCAGGCUCAGCUGCUACCCUGGCUGGACACAAGGCCCAUUGACAGGCCCGCCAGCCGCUGCCAGUGGAUGGGUGGGGGCUGCGCUGUGGGGGUGGGUAUGACUGCAGUGGGCAUGUCAGACAAUGGCCGGCUGUCCAGUGAGCUCGGGAAGGACGGGGGCAGAGGGAGCCUCGUGCCAGUAUUCCUCUCCAAAAGGGAGGCAUCUGCACACGGCCUGUGGGUGGCAGUGGGACCCAGCAGAGGCUCAGGGAGGACAGAGUGGCCGGUGCAGAGGAGCCCACUGCCCCCCAGGAACCUAUUAUGGUCCUUCUUCCCUUCCAGAGUGGCCCCCCGGACAAAGUGAGUGUGGGGGCCGCUUGGCCACCCCUGUACUUGUCAUGGGAGGGCCUUGCCAAUGGAGUCCCACCUGCCUUCAGUUGUCCCAGCUCCCUAGGUGACCGGGCUUGGAGGGUCAAAUUGUGUCCUCUGGGGGCUCAAUAAACUGCCAGAAU